AUGAGAAAGUUGACAGAGAAGGUCCAACAGCAGGUCCAGGAGAGAAAAAGAGCACCACUUUUGUACUUUGACAAAGGAUUGCUGAUGAACUAUUCGCUCCUGGCAACUUAUCACUGUCUAGUGUCGUUCGAGGACACUUUCCUCGUCGACGUCGAACUUUACGACCCAAAGCCUUUUGAUAACAUUGACGAGAUCACUAGCCAAGUUCGCAUCAACUCCGCCAUAUUACACCACUACACAAAAUACGUAGCCAAUUUUGCGCGGCUACACCACAAGGCGACGAAGUGGGUGCGGCAAGCGCGUCACGUUUUGAACGACCGCCAUCUGGCUGCUGAACCGCCACCACACCAAGAGCUCAAUAAGACACUAUCAGAAGCUGGGCUUUUGCAACAGGGCAUGGAGAUUAUUGAAAGUUCGGCAGCGGUAAUUGACGUGAUGGAGAACCUCCGAGGAGACAGAUACGACGACAGCGACGAGGUGGACAAGAACGACUUCGGCAUUCUGCGCGAGGUCUUCUACCAUUUCUCGCUAAUGGGAAUCACGCGAACGUUUUGGGAUCCAACAUGGAAGCUUAUCGACGAGGAUUUGCCGCACAUGACAGAUAUGCCGGAUCUCGAAGGACACGGAUUGUUCGUCCUGGAGAGGCUAGAGCAACGUACUCCUGUCGUCGGAUUAGAGUCAUGGAGCUACCUCGUCGUUCUCAUGGGCGUUGCCUUGGAGGCUAAACGAGAUGAUAUCCGGCAACGAGUCGCUGUCCUGCUCAACGACAUUUUGGGCAAAGGCUUUGCAAUUGCCGGGGCUUUGCUGACUGACGUGAAGAUGAUUUGGGGCAUGGAUUAUGCAUCUGGACACGAAUGCAUCGGGCCUAGCUCGUGA